UGCUUCAAUUCAAGGGAAAAUGGUAAGAUUAUGAUUCGGAAUAAAGAACUCGUUUGCCGAGUCAUUAAUCCAAUUCUGUUUGGUAUGGGAAAACCAAACUGAUUUUUAGUUUUCAUGAACCGCUGUCAUGAUUCAGUUCGGUUCGGUUUAGUUUCUGACUGAAUCAAACCAUAGUCCUAGCUGUGACUUUCAAAAGGUCACUUACAUUCAACUCGAACGAAUACUUAAAACCUUUAAAACGACGUCGAACCUCUUAACUUCAGCGAUGGCUAGGAACUCCUUACUGCCGGUGAAGCUCACCGACAGUGGCCGACCAGUUUUGUCACCAAACGAGAUCGAGUGCUUCUUCCUCUCCGGUGUAGACCUUCUCUGCGAAGAUGAACCAAACACAUGGUUUCCUCACCUAAAAUCUGGCCUUCUCAUCCUCACCACCCACCGCCUCAUCUGGCUCCCAGACGCUACCGCCUCCGGCAACGCCUCCUCCGUUCCCCUCGCUUCAAUCUCCCAAAUUUUCUCUCACAAGAAGUCCCUCAAAUCGGUAUUCGCUUCCCCGAGGGUCCGUUUCCAGGUGUCUCCAUCGCCAGAACGUGGAGUCGCCACGUCGGGGUCGAGAUCAGUAGUUGUGACUGCCGUGUUGAGGGGAAAAGGGGACUGCGACGCUUUUGUGGCUAAGUUUUGGGAGAAUUGGCGAGCCAGAGCGUGGGAGGAGGCAGAGAGUGGUACGAGUUCGGGUUCGAAUGCGGCAGCCGGGGCAGCGUCGGCUUCGAGUGGGAUUUAUUCGAGUGAUGGGACGGUGAGGAUGGUGGGAGUUUCGGGGAUAUUGAGGAAGGAGCAGGAAAUGUGGGAGAGUACUGAUAAGAGUUUGCAGGAUGCUUUUCAGGAUUUAAAUGCUCUUAUGAGCAAGGCUAAGGAAAUGGUGAUGCUAGCUGAAAAAAUGAGGCUAAAACUUUUGUCAGGCCCAAAUUCUCAAACGAAUGCAACUAAUGAUGAGGAGAUGGGUUCGAAGGAAGAGAUGCAAGAAUUGUUAUUGAGUGUUGGUAUAAUAUCCCCUGUUACUAAAGAGUCUGCGGGUGCUUUGUAUCAUCAACAGUUAUCUCGCCAGUUGGCAGAUUUUGUUAAAGUUCCAUUAGAGAGAUCUGGAGGAAUUAUCAAUCUAAUUGAUAUUUACUGUCUCUUCAAUCGUGCUCGUGGGACAGAGUUGAUUUCACCUGAUGAUUUGUUGCAAGCAUGCUCUCUGUGGGAGAAGUUUGAUGUCCCAAUUGUUCUGCGGAAGUUUGAUAGCGGGGUCAUGGUAAUACAAAAUAAGUCCCAAAGUGAUGAGGAGGUUUUCACUAAAAUUAAGGUGCUUGUUACAAAGCCUGACGCUCUUCGGGCUGGGAUAAGUCCUAGUGAUGCUGCAAUGACACUGGGAGUUGCGCCAGCAAUGGCAAAGGAACAUCUCUUGUCUGCUGAGAGCAAGGGUAUACUUUGCAGAGAUGUAAGCCCUGAUGGAUUUCGCUUUUAUAUUAACUUGUUCUCGGAAAUUGAACGAGAUGAUAUGUAUUUAGUAAAAGAUCAGGGGAUUUAUGCUUCAUGGGUAAGAGCAAUCCAUGCUCAUGGUUAGAGUGGCAUGUUUGCUCUAUUCAAGGUAUGUUGGACAAAUUUUGAGUGCCAAGAACUGGCCUGAGUUGACUAGUUUGUGUAUAUUUUGCUCCUUAAUCAUUAUACAUAAGGGCCAUAUUUAGUGAGUAUGGUUGAAGGAAAAAAAAAGUACAUACACAUUGUAAAGAACAUUUAACAAAAACACUAUAAAGAAGGAUUAUAAUGCCUGAAAGAAGGCACAUCAAAAGAACUUUUUUAUUCACACGAAUUUGGCAUAGCAUUGUGAAUUUGCCUCUUUGGCAAAUGGAAGCAAGAACUAAGCUCAAAGUUACAUUACCUUCAA